GCCAAUAGCAGCGCUGCUAGGCGGAUCAAGAUGGCGGCGCUGGCGGCGCUCGCUAGCUUCAGGGCGCUGCGGCUUUGCGGGCAGAGCAGCCAUUCUCUUCCUCACUGGCAUCUGAUGAAAGCCCCAUCCUGCACCACACAGAAUGGUGCCUCCAUGCCAACGAUAAGAGUGCAGUGGGUUGCAUCCUCUGCCUCUGGAGAGACCUUGACUGAUUCCAACGAGGGGCAGAUUUACCUCAGCGAGAACUGUGUGAAGAGACUUUUGGAGAUUGCAGGAGCAUCUGAGUUUCUGAGGCUGCAUGUAGAAGGAGGUGGCUGUUCUGGUUUCCAGUACAAAUUUUCUUUGGAUACAGUUGUGAAUUCUGAUGACAGGAUUUUUGAACAAGGUGGUGCCCGAGUGGUUGUGGACUUGGACAGUCUGAGCUUUGUGAAAGGGGCCAUGGUGGACUUCAACCAGGAGCUAAUUCGCAGCGCAUUUCAGGUGGUCAACAAUCCACAGGCAGAACAAGGCUGCUCUUGUGGAUCAUCCUUCUCAGUUAAGCUUUGAACAACCAUCUCCAUGUGGACCCUAGUGGAUGCUGAGUGGCAUAUCCCUUUUUCAUUAUGUUCAGCUUCCAGCAGCAGCUGGUGUAAUCAGUUGUAUGGUACCAUGCAAAUAGUCUGGACUGAGUCUCGUAUAAGAACUGAUCUCUCCAUGAUUAGGUGUGAAGUGGGCUGGGCACCUAUGUUUUCCUUAAUCCCAAAUGCAUCUUCUCAGUAGGAUCCCUGAUGACUCGCUGCAUAGCACUUGAUCACCUUGGGAGAUAUGUGUACAUACUUCUGUAAUUUAACAUAUUUUGGUUUUUUGAAGUUAUUUUCCACAGCAUGUAAUUUUCAUGUAUGUUAAUAGUCAUCCCCCCCCCGUAUUUUCAUUUGUACCCUGAUGAAUGCAUGGCUGAGUUAUUGGGGCCCACAGUUGCUCCCCACACAUUCAAAAGCACCUGUUGCAUGGUGCCUAUAUGCAUUUGAAUGCACGCAGGAUCCUGUACGGAUGAUCUGGAUCCCUGGGGAAAGGAGUGUUGCUAUGUACAAAGUUUUUAAGGAUUGUCUUGCAAGGGAAUUUUGUUGUGAGGAUGUUGUGAGUUCCAAAUGGGGAGAAGGUUAUGUUGCACAUGUUUCAUAACUUAAGGUUUCCUUUGUCCUUUUGCCUUCUCUAAAUGGUAAACAGGAGGCAUAAAAACCCCCCACUUGUUUCAUCUUUUGGCCAAGAAGCUCAGUAUUGUUGUUGUUUUAAAGGAAGUGUUGCUUAAUUACAGUGCUAAAUCAUUAAUGCCUUGACUCUGUUUCUCCUUUAAAAUCACAUGGGAAUUGAAAGCUUCAUUUUUGGAAUAGAACUGGACUGAGUAGCACUGCAUGCCUCUAGAUAAUUUUUUGUUUCUUUGGCCACAAAGGAAAUCCUGUAUCUAAUUAGUGGACUUUUGGAACGCUAUUUGGAGGGGUAUUUAUCUGUGAAGGAUGUGCAACUGAGUAUUGGUCAUAACAUUUUAUAAAGUGCCUACAUUUGUGCAUCGUUCUUUGUAGUGACCUUUGUUAUUGCUCAGCUGGGACUGAUCCCCCCCCCAAUGAACCUCAGCUGCCUUUUGGAUUAGAGAGUUCUUCCUAUUGUCGGGUUUAAUUUCUUACAAGUAACAAAAUGUAAGCUGUAUGUUUCCACAUGAGAGCAUAAACCAUAUAGAUGAAUUAUCAGUUCAUUUGUUGUGUUCAGAAAAACUAAGGUAGUUAAUUAUGUGGCUUGCCUGUUCCUAAAAAAAACAUGUAACUCAUAUUUGCUUAUUUUCUUUUAUAUCUGCCACCUGUUCAGUUUUAAGGAAGCAGACAUGCUUGUUUGAAGAGCGCAACUCAUUUUCUGGCGGGUCUGACACAUCUACCCCAAGAAGGAAUCAAAAUCUAAAGUGAAGGGCAUACCCUCUUUGAGGAAUAGUGGGGAGAAGGAAGCCUUGACAGUGGUAGAGAAACUUGAUCUCCUGCUAACCUGGAGGAUUUGGGGGUGGGGAGGGGGUGUUAAUUUUCCCACAGUAUGGGGAAAUGGUAAGUUAGAAUAUAAAUCCCAGAUCCAUUUAUCUGUUAUCUCUAGCCAUUUCUACAUAAAUGUCAAUUAAGCCACCUCUUUUUCUUGCUCCUCUGCACUCGGCUACAACUGAUAGGGUGCAGAUUUGGAUUGCCUAUCUACUAGAAUUUAUAGCAUUACUUCACUAGGGGGCACCCUUAUACUUUGAGAUGCAAAUGGCUGAAGAAAUUGCUUAAAAGGGUUGUUUCUUAUAGUCCAAAAUGCCUAGCAUAGGGAGGUGGUGGUGUCAAGGUCCUGAAGUAGAGCAAUGCAAAGGAGUGGCGAAGAGGGAGGGGCAUGGGGUUGUUAGAGCCAUUAACAAAGGAACACAAAUGCAGUUGAGAAAGAGUCUGGUCACAAAUUAUUUCAGAUUCCCUAGGCUAUCUGAGUGUAAUGCAGAUUUGCUUCUGCUCCAAAGCAUUCAUGCCCUUAAAAACUUGAGAGCUUCCUGAAUCUCCACUUACUAUGUGAGAAGGAAGGCAGAGAGAUGGUGUAAUAUUUUAAUUGUGUUGAGAACAUGCAAUUUUCACUAAAUGUUUUGCUAAGAGCUGUUGUGUUUUCAAAAUUGCAGACAAAUCAGGUGUCUGACACAUCUGACCAUACAUGACAUUUUCACUAUAUUGUGUAUAUUGGUGCAAACCAAUUCACCUGAACAUAACCAUCAUGUGUAGAUUGCAUGCAUGCCUAUUUUACCAUAUUUAUACAUUUUGGGCAAGUAAAACAAUCCUGAUUGUGACCUUCACCCCCUAUAGGAAAAGCAUUGUGAGCGGUGGGUGACCUUGGGUAUGGAUUUUCACACUCUAGAAUUUCUUUCAAGUUGGCUUUGGUAUUCAAGGCUUAUUCUAUUUGACUUAAAGUACACAGUUUCCUGUUUGAGUGUAGCAAUCUUUUUUAGCUUCAAAGUAUCUCCCAACCUUCCAGCAUCAACUUGGUCCAAGGAAACCAUUGAUUGCUACUGCAUCUGUGUUCAGCACCGAUGUAGGAAUGAGAAGAGUAAGUUCUGUUCUAUGAUCCAAAUUGAGGUGUUCUCAAUGUGGAACCCUCCCAGUGUUGUUGGACUCUUACUCCCAUGAACCCCAGCUGAUGGUCAAGGAUGAAGGGAAUUGUAGUCCAGCAUCUGAAUGGCAUCAUGUUGGCUACCCCUGAUCUAAAUGGUUUGUUUGGUCCUUACAAUGCCAGCAUUCUUAACUCUCUCAAUGUGUAAAUGAUGAAUAUUGGAGAAUUAAAUACAAAACAUAAUUUAUUGGCCUCGUGUUCCACUUGUCAUUUUCUUCAGAUGUAGAAAAUGCUCGGUCACAGUCAGAAGAAAGGGAAAUCUUAUCAUAUUUGGGGCCUUUGACGUUUGAUACAUCAACUUUUGCUUGGGAUUCUUUCAGCUGAAAGAAUAUCCCUGGGAUGGGGCAGUUUAAAUGUAUUAGUGCAAGAGCUCACGCCAGAAUUCUGAGAUUAUUUUUUGGUAUGCCACCCUUCACGUUAAUAAUAAUAAUAAUAAUAAUUCAGACAGCUAACAACAUUAAAUUAAAAGAACGUUGCAGAUUGACCCAGAUAUAUAUGGAGUUUUGUUUUGUAGGGCGGUGUUGUAUCAGAGCUAAAUACAGGUCACAACCUAUAUACUUUUAAAAUAAAGUUCCAAGCACGGUACUUUACAAACUGCAAUAUUCAAAUAUGUUUGGUACAAAAUUCAUUUUCCAUAUAAUACCGGUAUGUGGAAUAGACUGUUAUAUAUCAUGAACACAUUCUGUGUGUUCAGGCCUUCCUGCUAAACCUUUACUCCUAGAUGUAAAUGGAGCUUUCUUAAGUUUAUACACCUGAUUGUACCUGUACAUGAACACACACACUUAUGUUUGAAUGCCAAAGUCGGGCAAGACCUUCUAGUGCCAAGAAGUGGUCUGCAAAUACAGGUUGUCUCUGAGCGUGUUCUGAAGCAGGUCUUCUGCUUGUGGCCUCUGCUUCUUGGGGCACAGUCUUCUGCUUGUGGCCUCUGCUUCUUGGGGCACAGUUCCUGCAUUCCCAGCCCAACACCUUCUUCAAACUGUUCUGAAGUCUCCCAUGCUGAACCCAAACCAGAAGUGAUAAUUGGCAGUCUUGACAGGAGGCACAAUCACCAUAUCAAACCCACCUUCUUGGGCUCAGUCCCAUCCCACACCGAUACUUGCAACGGUAGGAUGUACAGCUGAAGUAGAAAACCAAACUUAGGGUAGCUCUUUAUCUGCCCUUAGCUAUGAAGAACAUGGGUAAGAAGAUAGUGUUAUCAUUAGCAUGCAUGCAUUCCUUAUUUGAAGGGCUUUAAAAUUAGGCCUUUUUAUGCAGUCCUCCCCUUGCUUUUGGGUAGUUUAUUUUUAAUGACAAGAGUUCCUGCUUUCAGCCUUUGUAGCCUAUCAGCUCUUUGACUCAUGUCCCCGUUUGGCUAAUCAGGUCUCAUUUACCUUUGACAUCUUUUAGAGGAAAAGAAUGGGCCAUUACAGUUGCCUUGGAAACAGUGAGAUUAAAUGCACAUUGCCAUGGCAACCUGCCAUGAUCUUCAGCUUCUAUCUGUGGGACUCUGUGUCUUCAACGUGGGGUGGGGGGUGGUAGCGAUAAGGGAUCUUCCAUUGCAGAGACACAGUGUUUUGGCCAUGGUACAAUCACAGAUGGAUUGUAGUAGUCAGGAGUCCAUGAGGAAUACAGAUGAGAAUUGGUAAGUUGCAGUCUUGAUAGGACUCACCUUAUAAAACUCGCCUUAGUCCCAGUGGUCAACAUGGCAAGCUUUUGAGUUACCCCGAAGUCUUAUUUAGGCAAGGUGAAAACAAGUGUUGGGGA